GCAUGUGGCUGGGCUGGGGAUCGCCUUCCAGGUAGACGGCAACAAAUUGUCUGCUUGGAAUUGGAGGUCACUGCCGCGUUUCCUCUGUUGGCUGAUUGACAGCCCGCGCCCGGCUAUAUAAAGCGGGCGAGCGAAAGGCUGGGGAGCGACUUCAAAGGCAUCCGAGCGCCCGCGUGUGCCUGCGCGCCCCGCCGAGGACAGCGCUUGGAAGGAGUGGGCUUCGCGCUCCCGGGCGACGGGCGGACCCUCUAGUCUUCUGGGCUUGGAUUUGGCAGCUACAACCCGGAGUUUCGUGGGACCGCUCCAGGCAGGCAUGAUGUUACACAGGAGUUGGUUACUGGGGCUAAUGAUCUGUCUAGCUUUGUGGAUUUCAUCACAGGCUCAAGAUGGUGAUAGAGAUGAUGGGACCACUUUUGACUUACUGAAAAUCAGCAACAUAAACAGAAAGACAAUUGGAGCAAAACUAUUUCGAGGCAACAUUUCUAAUGUCCCAGCAUAUCGCUUCGUCCGGUUUGAUCGCAUCCCACCAGUUAAUUCAGAGAAAUUAAGACAGAUUAUUAAACUGAUGCAGCAAAAUGAGGGCUUCAUACUUACAGCCACCUUGAGGCAGGAUAGGAGUUCCAAAGGGACCAUCCUUGCACUGGAAGGUCCUGGCAUCUUUCAACGACAGUUUGAAAUUGUUUCCAAUGGUCAAGACAAUACACUUGAACUUUCCUAUUGGGUUGAUGGUGCCUGGAAGCAGCAUUCUUUGGAAGACGUGGAAUUAGCUGAUGUACAAUGGAAGAAUAUCACGGUACAAGUUACAGGAGAAAACUACAGUAUCUAUGUUGGUUGUGACCUUAUUGACAGCUUGAGCCUGGAAGAACCUUUCUAUGAAUACCUGAAAGCAGAGAAAAGUAACAUGUAUGUGAUCAAGGGAGCUACAAGAGAGAGUCAUUUUCGGGGUCUCCUACAAAAUCUUUAUCUGGUUUUUGGAACUUCAAUAGAGGAUAUUUUGCAUGAAAAAGGAUGCCAGAGAAGUCAAUCAGCUGAGGUGAACACUAUCAGCGAGAACACAGAGAUCCUCCGCCUCAGUCCUUCAGUUGUGACAGAGUAUGUGGGAGAAAACACAGAGAAGAAAGCAGAAUUCUGUGACCGCUCUUGUGAAGAGCUUGGGUCUAUGUUUACCGAACUCACCGGACUACGAGUUGUUAUCAACAGCUUGACUGAAAAAUUAAAAAGUGUGUCAGAGGUGAAUGACAUAAUUGUAUCAGAGUUGCUUGGCCCCAACAAAGCACUCAAGAACCAGUCAGCUUGCUGGCAAGAUGGCCGUGAAUUUGCAAAUAACUCACACUGGGUUGUGGACAGCUGUACAAAAUGUAACUGCCAGAACUCUAAAACAGUGUGCAAUAAAAUCACAUGCCCACCUGUGCAUUGUGUCAGUCCAACUUUUAUUGAUGGCGACUGCUGCCCUGUCUGCUCUCGUACUGAUGAUCAGGAAGAAGGCUGGUCUCCAUGGUCGGAGUGGACAGAAUGCUCAGUCACAUGUGGAUCUGGAACCCAGCAGCGAGGAAGGUCAUGUGAUGUCACCAGCAACACUUGUCGAGGCCCAUCCAUUCAGACCAGGACCUGCUCCCUUGGCAAAUGUGACAAUCGCAUACGUCAAGAUGGUGGUUGGAGUCACUGGUCUCCUUGGUCUUCCUGUUCUGUGACUUGUGGAGUAGGCAAUAUCACUCGCAUACGACUCUGCAAUUCCCCCAUCCCACAGCUGGGUGGGAAAGGCUGCAAAGGAGGUGGACGUGAAACUAAAGAAUGUGAAAGAGACCCAUGUCCAAUCAAUGGUCGAUGGGGUCUUUGGUCUCCGUGGUCUGCAUGCACAGUUUCCUGUGGUGGAGGCAUUCGUGAGAGAUCUCGUCUCUGCAAUAGUCCAGCACCUCAGUAUGGUGGAAUGGCGUGUGCAGGAGAUGUCAUUCAACGUGAUAUGUGCAACAAACAGGAUUGUCCAAUAGAUGGCUGUUUAUCAAAUCCUUGCUUUCCUGGAGCAGAAUGCAACAGCUAUCCUGAUGGCUCAUGGUCCUGUGGAGCAUGUCCUGCUGGUUAUCUUGGAAAUGGAACAUUCUGUGAGGACCUUGAUGAGUGUGCUGUAGUGCCAGAUGUUUGCUUUAAGUUAAAUCAGAACCAUCGAUGUGUAAACACCAACCCAGGAUUCCACUGCUUACCAUGCCCUCCACGCUACAAAGGAACGCAACCAUAUGGGGUGGGCCUAGAGGCUGCCAGGACAGAAAAACAAGUAUGUGAGCCUUCCAACCCUUGCAAAGAUAAAACUCACAGUUGCCACAGUUCAGCUGAGUGCAUCUAUCUCGGGCAUUUCACCGACCCUGUGUACAAGUGUGAAUGUAGGACAGGCUAUGCUGGUGACGGAUUCAUCUGUGGGGAAGAUUCAGACCUGGAUGGAUGGCCCAAUAGUAACCUGGUCUGUGCUGCCAAUGCUACUUAUCACUGCACAAAGGAUAACUGUCCUUUCCUGCCAAAUUCUGGACAAGAAGAUUUUGAUAAGGAUGGAAAAGGUGAUGCUUGUGAUGAAGAUGAUGACAAUGAUGGUGUAGAGGAUGAUAAAGACAAUUGUCCACUUCUUUUUAAUCCCCGGCAAUUUGAUUAUGAUAAGGAUGAAGUUGGCGAUCGUUGUGACAAUUGCCCAUAUGUACACAAUCCUGCUCAGAUUGACACCGAUCAUAAUGGCGAGGGUGAUGCGUGUGCAGUAGAUAUUGAUGGAGAUGAUAUUUUCAAUGAUCGUGAUAACUGCCCAUAUGUCUAUAACACAGACCAGAGAGAUACAGAUGGAGAUGGAGUUGGUGAUCAUUGUGAUAACUGUCCCCUGGUACACAAUCCUGAUCAGACUGAUGUGGACAAUGAUCUGGUUGGUGACCAAUGUGACAACAAUGAGGACGUUGAUGAAGAUGGCCACCAGAAUAACAAAGACAACUGCCCUUACAUUUCCAAUGCCAACCAGGCUGAUCAUGACAAGGAUGGCAUAGGGGAUGCCUGUGAUUCCGAUGAUGACAACGAUGGUAUCCCAGAUGAGAGAGACAAUUGCCGCCUUACAUUCAACCCUGAUCAGAAGGAUUCAGAUGGUGAUGGCCGAGGUGACAUCUGCAAAGAUGAUUUUGACAAUGAUAGUAUUCCGGAUAUUUUUGAUGUGUGUCCUGAAAAUGAUGCCAUUAGUGUAACAGAUUUCAGAAAGUUUCAAAUGGUACCCCUGGACCCUAAAGGAACAACUCAGAUUGAUCCAAAUUGGGUAAUUCGUCAUCAGGGCAAAGAAUUGGUACAGACUGCUAAUUCAGAUCCUGGAAUCGCUGUUGGCUAUGAUGAAUUCAGUUCUGUUGACUUCAGUGGUACAUUCUAUGUCAACACAGACCGAGAUGAUGAUUAUGCUGGAUUUGUCUUUGGUUACCAGUCCAGUAGUCGCUUCUAUGUCCUGAUGUGGAAGCAGGUGACUCAGACAUACUGGGAAGAUAAGCCAACCAGAGCUUAUGGAUACUCUGGAGUGUCCCUUAAGGUGGUGAACUCCACAACUGGUAGUGGUGAACAUUUGAGAAAUGCUCUUUGGCACACAGGAAAUACACCUGGACAGGUGCGCACCUUGUGGCAUGAUCCCAAAAAUAUUGGCUGGAAAGAUUACACUGCCUACAGGUGGCAUUUGAUCCACAGACCUAAGACAGGAUUAAUAAAGGUUUUAGUUUAUGAAGGAAAACAGAUCAUGGCAGAUUCUGGACCAAUCUAUGAUAAAACCUAUGCUGGUGGACGGUUAGGUCUUUUUGUCUUUUCUCAAGAGAUGGUAUACUUCUCUGACCUCAAAUAUGAAUGUAGAGAUGCAUGAAUUAUUGCAACUGUAUAACAAGCAAUGUACUGUAGAUGCCGUUCAACCUAGACACCUCUGUACAUCCUAGUACUCCAAGUCCCUUAUUUUUUUUCUACCUUUCCUUGACCUUAUACAACCCUGUUGCCAGGAGGGAUCCCUCCAACUCUACACCUAAGUGCCUCCAAGGAGUUUGGAUUAAAUGUGACCAUUGAACUCACUGCUGAUGCAGAAACAGAUUGACAUGUGGAUUGAAAACAUGGCAUAAAUAUUUGUUAAUUUGUCCUAGAUUCUUAAAAGUGACGUUUACGUAUAAAGUGUAAAAGUGUAAUUACGUUAUGUAUUAUACAGAUAUAAAUAUGGCAGAAAGUGAGGUUUGAGGGGACAGAAAACAGCAAGCAGAAGGAAAUGGUUAGAGAUAAGAUCACCUCUUAAAUCCAUAUUACUUACUCAGAGGAGAGGUGGGCCUUGCUAUCCCAAUGUCCAGAAGAUAUACUGUAGCAGAAGGACAACCUUUACAACCUUUGCUCACAGAGAAGCCAUGGGAAAUUAGAGUAGAGAAAAGAAGGUGGUACAGUGACGUUCAAGUGCUGAUAAUUUCCUAUCAUCUUUUUUGAUCAGUGAUCUGCUUGGAGUUUUGAAUUAAAACAAGUCCUCUCUUAUCAUUAGUAUUUAACAUUUCAGCUGGGUUCCAGGAAAGCAAUUACAGUUCAGAUCAUCCACUGGUUUUUCUGGAACCAAAGCAAAUUUAUAAGAACGUUGGUUACUUCAGGGUUUUUCAGACAGUUCUCAUGAACUGGAGUUGAGACAGUCCAAUAUUUUGGGAGGAGAACAGAGUUAUAUUAAUAUUCCAAUUGAAUUUUAAAUGCUAAGUAUGCCUUUACAAGAAUUGCAUGCAACAACAUCACACAGACAUUGCCAUCACAUACCUGCAAUUAUGUGAAAGAAAGCCAUUUUUGAAGGCUGACUGCUUGUGUGCAUGAAGCUCCUAUGAAAGUAGUUUGUGACCAUAUUUCAUGAACCACUUUCCUGCCUCUUCUACAAACAAGCACUUUGAUUUCAAAAUGCUUCAUUUGGAUUCGGAUAAGAUAGAAAUGCAACCAUUACCAAGGUCUAGUUCCAGUUAUGAGGAUAUUGUUGUUAUUUAUUAUUGUGAUGUGCAGCUGCAUUCUCCAGUAACUUCCAAACUCACUAGAAAGUCCAAUGAACAAUGCAAGAUCUCCAAGAAGAGGGCUACAGAAUGCCUUUAAUGAGAUCAUGAGCAAAUACGGAUGUAUUUGCUCUUAUACCCCAUUGAAUUUCUAACUGCUCCGAACUGUCAAAUAAUUAAGUAACCAUCGAGACCUUAUAAAUGGAACCUUGAUAUUUACCAUUGCCCUCAGUGCUUGUAAUUGUUAUUGUAUGUGUGCUGUAUAUAGGACCUUUCGAGAAAACUACUAAAGGUACAUCUGCCCUUUAGUCUAACCAGAUACAAAUUAUUCAGUUAUAGACUAGUAUACUCAUAUUUAACACUUUUUGUUACUUUAAAUUGAACAAGCUUUGUAAGAUACACUUAUUGGUAUAAUUUGAUUCAUGGAUGAGGUUUACAUACAGAAAAACACAAGCACCUCUAUCUCAAUCCAAAAUGCCAUUUUGUUACCCAAAUGGGUGUUGGUAGAAGUGUAAAUGCUUGGAGCUUAAAAGGACUGUGUGCAUGUAUAGUUGGCCAAUACCAUCCCCAGGAACAAACUUCUGCUGAGAAUUCAAGUGUUUAAUGUUCUUAUUCAGCUCUGCACACCGAACCCUAUUAGAUCAGGGUUAACCAACCCUGCUAGAUCAGGCUUGGGAAUUACACAGAGAAUUUCCUAUCCAGACAAGGGCAUUCACAGGGAAGUCCCUCAAACAAUGGAACAGUAAAAUUCAGCUCAUCCACUGCUUUGCUGGCAGUCAUGAAUGGUCACAGCAGUUUUGUGGAUGCAAAUCUGACAUUUCUCCUCCAAAAUUUGUCAGGAAGCC